AUGUCAAUUGAGAUAUCCAAAUGGUUGAUUACGGUUUGUGGGACAACCAGUUUGAUAUCGCUCAUGAUAUCAGCCUUGGCUAUUUACUUGCAGUCGAGUAACUACAGAAAACCCUUCGAACAGCGACUCAUAAUCAGAAUACUGCUUAUUGUUCCCUUAUUUGCGGUCACCUGCUUUGUGACUUUGAUUAGCCCAAGAAUAGGGAGUGUCAUUGAACCCAUAAGAGAAAUUUACGAAGCGCUAGUCAUUUAUACAUUUUACAAGCUCCUUGUUUACAUGCUUGGGGGUGAACGACAAAUCAUACAAAGUUCUUUUGAUAAGCCUAAAACAAACCAUCCGUUCCCUACUAAUAUCAUCUUCUCGCCGAUUGACUUUUCCAACCCGUCACACUUUUUACUCGUCAAGCGAUGUAUCCUACAAUAUGUGUGGGUCAAACCACUUUUAUAUCUAGUGAUCCUUGUUGGAUCCCUUACCGGAAUAUACGAUACCUCAAGCAUUUCAUGGGGGAGCUUGUACACUUGGACCGGAAUAGCUUAUAAUCUGAGUGUCACUAUCUCACUGUACUAUCUUGCUAUGUUCUGGAAAUGCCUUUAUUCAGAGCUAAAAAAGUUUAGCCCAUGGGGUAAGUUUUUGUGUGUUAAGCUAAUAAUUUUUGCUUCAUAUUGGCAAGGCUUGAUGCUUAAUGUAAUGUAUUGGGCCGGACUGCUUUCCACAAAGAAUUCAUCGAACUUGGCCAGCUUGACGGGGAGCCAGAUUCAGAAUGCAUUGUUAUGUUGUGAAAUGAUAUUCUUUGCAUUAUUGCAUUGGAAUUCUUUUCCCUAUACGGACUUCGCUCACGAAAAAUAUGGUGAUGCGGCCCGGGUUUCUACUUAUCAUGCUUUUAAAGAUUGGCUUCUUUUUGGAGAUUUUGCUUACGACCUCAAAAUGACAACACUAUACGGCGAUAUGUACAACUUUCGCAAUUUUGACUCGAUCAACGAUAAUCGAAUUUAUCCGAAUUCUUCCAGUUUCAAUCAGCGUAUCUACGAUGGGUUACGAUAUUCUUCUGAUGGCCGUAAAUAUUGGCUGCCAGACCAACGCGAAAACGAAAGAAAACAUCGGUCGGGAUCAACUGGCUCGUCUUCAAAAUCCGUGAAUGGACUUCAUACCACCAUCGGCGAAAACUCUUCUCUUCUUGGAUCUCAUAAGGCUUUUUACUUAGACACCGUUUCUGAAGAGUUUUCAGGUGAGAGCAACAUAGAUUUUGAGUAUCGUUCGCCAGAAUACGCAAAAGAUGAAACUCUCUAUAAUUUCGUUCGGACAAAAUAUGUUCCUGAAAAAAUCAUAAAUUAUCCCGUGACCUACGAUUAUAAACUAGUUGACAGUUCUAAAAAGAUGACAAGAUUGAAGAGCCAACUAGAACAGCAUCGAAAUACUGAUAGUCGCUUGUUGAGGAUUACUGACGAAAGUCAAUAA